AUGUACGAUGUGGAAAGGGGGAGAAAAGCUCAGAGCCAAGACAAGAAUAAGGGAAGGUGGGCAUCCAUUCUGGUAUCACUCUGCAGUGUGAAGGAACAACCAGCAUUUCUCUUCACGCUGCGCUCCAGCAUGUUGAAGGGAAGGCAUAAAGGAGAUGUCAGCUUUGCAGGAGGAAAGAGUGAUCCAUCAGACAAUGAUGUGGUGGCCACUGCAUUGAGGGAGGCCAGGGAGGAGCUUGGCGUUAAUGUGUCAACAGAAAGCGUAUGGGGUGUCCUCAAGCCCCUCAGGGACAUGUCAGGGAUGUUGGUGGCUCCUGUGUUGGCUAACCUGGGUCCUCUUGAGGAGCUCUCUUUCAAACCAAACCCUCAAGAGGUGGAGGAAAUUUUUAGUCUUUCUUUGUCCCAUUUGUGCGAUCCUCUAAACCGUGGGUACACACACUUUCGCAUAGGGGACAGGUAUGGAUACACGCUGCCAGUGUUUCGUAAUGGGAAGUAUCCUGUGUGGGGCCUGACCGCUGUUGCCUUAGAUCAUACACUAAAACUUCUUACCCCAUCACAUCUGGAGUGA